CUGAGGGACCAUGCAGAGUUUCAUCUAGUUUUAGACUGACUAAUUGAUUCAUAAUUUCGGCCAGUGGAACGGCAUGUUAACGCUAAUUCACAAUGGUCUACCAGGAUUCAUGUAUAACAUGGUGGUUACAUAGAAAUCCAUGUGCUAAUCGACCUGCAGCAGGCUCAACUACCCCCACCCCCAUUAGGUAAAGUGUUCCUACCCCAAUCUUACACAUUCAAACCACGCAGGCGUAAAAGAGGGGGUUCCUCGAGUGUAAUCUUCAAUUGCUGGAAGUUUAUAGCGUCAUUAUUACAGCGAUGGAGGAAAAUAUUGUGGUGCAAGAGAUUUUUCGUCCGACUAAUAGGAAGUCUGCAGUCUGGGCGUUUUUUGGCUUAAAGAAAGAUGCGAAUGGACAACUGCAUGGCUUGCCUAUUUGCAAUACGUGCAAAAGUGAAAUCAAAGCGAAAGGAGGUAACACAACGAAUUUAAUGAACCAUCUUCGUGACAAACACAAGCAGCUUUACAGGCAGCUGAAGUUAAAGCAGAACAAUUCAGCAACACCUCAAGAAUACUUUGAACCCAUCAGAUUCCAGGAAGAGCUUCCAUCUGGGACCACCCUAUUCCGGACAAAGAUUCUGUCUCUCAUGGAGUCUUUGAUGGUGAAAACGACAUCAGAAAUAGUCUCCAUAUUUGAUGAAAUUUACACGGAAACAGAAGCUGAGUUAAAGCAGAGAAGGAAGGAAGUGGCAGCCCUCACACACAGACUGAAGGAGAGGGAGCAAUUGUGUACUCAGGAUGUGUGUGACAACCUGCAGGUCCUUAAAGUGGAGUCAGAACAGCAGUUUUUGGAAAGCACCCUGUUCCAUGGACACUCAGAGACAGUCCCAGAGAGCUCAGAGACUGUGGAGUUUGCGCUGGAGUGUGUGGUGAUGAAGGCAGAGGAACCAAUGAAUGCAGAAACAAUGGUGCAGCCACUUGAGUACCAGCUGGAGUUGCACAGCGCGCCUGACGCUCCACAGGAGCCCCUGGUCAGAGCGGAUGAGGAGCUGCUGGGAACUCCAGCCUGUCCAGCAGAGGGCGCUGAGAACCAGCUCCCUGCUGUAGGGCAUCCGCACGAUCAAACGGACCAGGAUACGACCUGCUCCACCGUCACAGCAGAGCCUAGCUCCAGCAUGGCCACAGAGGACUCUACCGGUCCGAGGCAGGAUCGGGUAGUCAGCGGUUCUCCACCGAAGUCAAUUCAGGCCGUCCCUCCCAUCGAUGAACAGCACAGCCAGCCCGCUGGUAGGACCAUCUCCAUCUCCUCUUCAGCACAGCACACAAGUUCCCCCUUGGCCCCUGAAACUGAAGAUGAUGUAAAUGCUAUGGGGUUCACUAGAAAACAUAAAAUAAGAGUGCGGCUUAGAGACUUUCCCUCAUGGCAGGAGUUCAAAAAGCAGUGCCUGGAGAUAAGCUCUGCAAGCUCCCUAGAUGUCCAGUCCUCCUCCGCUCCACAGGAGCCCCUGGUCAGAGCUGACGAGGAGCUGCUGAGAGCUCCAAUCCAGCUAGCAGAGAGCGCCGAGAGCCAGUCCCCUCCUAUAGGGCAGCCCCACCACCAAACGAACCAGGAUACAACCUGCUCCACCGCCACGGCAGAACCUAGCUCCAGCAUGACCACAGAGGACUCUUUCGGUGCCAGGCAGGAUCGGGUGGCCAGUGGCACUCCAGAGUCCAGCGAAGCCGCCCCUGCAGCUGGUAGACGUCGUGGCCGGUCUGCGGGUCUGAGCCCGGAGAGUCUGUCGGCCCCAGGCACGACCCUUCAGCUCAGGAGCCGUUCGGCUGUGGUGAACACCAGCGUCAGAACUCAUGAGACUGUAGACGAGCUGGACGGCUCUCCGUGUAUGGAUGCACCUGGAACCAACGGUCUGCUGUCACCAAAAGCAGAGAACCCUUCAGUGGUCGCAACUGACGAGGAGACUACAAGUGUGUCUUCUGAAUCUGAGACCGAAAGUCUCUCUGACAUGGAGGUGAAAUCCACUGCAGUCAAAAGAAAGAAAACAAACUCUAAAGCCAGUGUGAAAUCAAGAGACACGUAUCAACGGGGUAAAGGAGACAAGUCGUUAAAAAGAGGCUCUGCAGGGAAGAGUGAGAAGAUCCCAAGAAAAAAACGAAGGAUAAGUGAUCCAGAGUGCAAACAUGAUGUGAAUGGUGCCCUUCUUCCCUUUGAUAAAAUAAUGCAGAGACGAACCACAGCUGAUGGUAAAGAGGAGGUGAGGGUGAAAUGGUGGCCGUGUUCUUCAUGUGGUGCCAAAUGGAGAAACUCCUGGGAGCCCGCCUAGAGGACAAGGCCAUGAUGCUGAGUUCAUCCAACUUGAAAUGCCAGUCAAGUCAUUUGGUUGCUAAGAGGUUUCAGAAGGUCAGAGAUGUAUCGUGAGGUAAAUUUGGAUAUACACUGUAACCACUGACACAUUUUAAUUGUCUAUACUGUGGUGGAAAGAAGAAAAGUUACCCAGUUCAGUCUUUGUUAUCUGUACGUAGACGUGUAAGAUCAGAAGACUCUCUUUGAUAAUCAACAAUUAGCCUCUAUGCAUUAUGCAUACAUUAUAUGACUUUUGUAGAUGUCUUAAGAUAUCAGAGUUAUCUAGCUAUUUUCCACCAUUUACUACCUCUUGAGAAUACCGGACAACUUGAAUGCCAUGCAUGAUGCAAGGGAAGUUUACUGUUUCUAGGUAUACUCUUUUCCACUUUUUUUUAAUCCCAAAGACUUUUGUGAUAAGGCAGUGUUGCCUAGAUCACCUGAAUAUACAGUUGAAUUAGCUUUCUACUAACAAGACUAUGGCUACUAGUGAUAUUGUUUGUAGAAAGUCAAUAAAAAUGUACCAUCUAA